ACUACUGGAAGAAAAUGCUGCCCAAAACUCCCAUCCCCAAGUCUCUCCACGCCUUCUUGCCGACCACGGGUGAUUCUAUUAAGCGCCGGUUAUCCUUCCCAAAAGAAGCCUGAUGCACUUUCCCUGCUCGACAGUAAAAGCUUUUUUUGGCAAAGUUACAAAUACGGGACAACACCGGACCAGGUAAAGAAAGAGCAUGACACUGGUUUCCUCUUCUUGAAAGAGAACUUGAAGCCAGGCAGUAAGACAAAGAAGCUGGACUUGGAGAAGAAGGAGCAAGAGACUGCGAGGGGCUGGCCGACGUUGCUGCCUCGCCAGGAGGCAAACACCUUUCCUUUCUCAACUUCCAAGCUCAGAGACAUCCUCCAACGCUUUUCCAUGGAUCCCAACUCUGCUGACGCGCUGACCGUGAGGCACACGCUUGAAGACUGCAAGAGGGAAGCCAAUGAAGGGGAGACCAGCUAUUGCGUUACAUCCUUAGAAUCCAUGGUCGACUUCGUUGUGUCCCAGCUGAAGACGAAUGAUGUUCAGUUGCUAACCUACUCGUUCUUGAACAAGGAAGAAAGAGAGACCAAGAGCAGAGUGUACACAGUUCAGCCCGGUGUGAUCGAAUUGGCCGCACAAACCACAGUGGCGUGUCACGUCCAGUCGUACCCAUAUGCAGUGUUCUACUGCCACACGGUUCCGAAAACCAAAACUUACAUUGUUCCAUUGGUUGCUGAAGAAGAUAGCACCAGAGUGAGGGCAGGGGCUGUGUGCCACACUGACACAUCUUCAUGGAACAAGAACCAUGCCGCUAUGCUGGCACUAGGAAUCAAGCCGGGAACUCCUCUUUGUCACUUCCUUUCUCAUGGUCACGUUGUGUUUGUUCCCAACUCUGCUCUUAACAUGUCCGCAGUACGCCGGUCCGCUAGUAUGGCCUAGCUUUAUCAGUGCCUGGCAUAUGUGUGGUAUAAGCGUUCUCAGUAUGUGUAGGCAACGAUGGUGCCAGUGUAUGGUUGUAC